ACCGACUUCUCACGCACUAAUUAAGGCGUAGCGUUUCACCUCCGCGCCGCGUAGACAGGCAGCGAUGCUCGCGACCAAGGCACGACCAAGCGUGCCCUCCAAGUCCAAGUGGCAGUCGAGCACACACGUUGCGCCCAAACCGCUUGUGACCAAGCACCACGGCCUCGAUCUGCGCAAGAAGCCCGUCACGCGGCGCGACUCUGCGCCGCGCAGCAGCAACAACGAGCCGGAAAAGUCGCCGCGCCAAGCCCCAGCAUCGACGGGCUCAACGACACCCCUUCGACGGUGUCGGUCGGCGUCGGCGAUUCGGCAAAAGAUCAUCGACGCCAGCGACUUUAGCAGCAACAACCAUACGAGCCACCUCGGAAACAAGGCCACGGUCGUGGACCUCGGCCAUUUGCCGCCGCCCGCCUCGGUCGAGACCUACAAGUAUGCCAAGAAGACGGGCCUCGCCUCGCAAAAGACGUACGCGUCUGUGACCCGUCGACACAAGUUUGCACGGUCGUCCGCGACCGUCUUGGAAAUGGAACUGGCCGAACGCCUCUGCGAGCUCGAUAUGACGCACGGGCCCGCAAAGCAGCGCGCGCGGCUCCAAGUGGCCCGGGACCUCUUUGAUGAAGUCAUCUUGCAGGACCGCACGUACGCGGGCAUUUUGCUCAAGAUUCGCACCGAGUUCAACAAGCAUUUCGACGCGCCGACGUCGUCGGUCGAGCAGUUCGACGACGGAAGCCCUCCCUUGGAUGUCUACCUCGCACGAACUGAAAACCAAGCGCUCAAGCAACUCUGCACCGAGCUCCAGAGCGAAGUCGACCAGCUACGGCACGAGCUGCUCUUCCAGCCGCUCGGCAAAGGCGGAGUCGCUUCGAUGCCGGAUGACCAUGAAGACGACGAUGUGUCGCUCGUACUGCCCGAGACGACAACGAUGACCUACUGUGUACCGCGGACCGUGCCAAAACUCAACUUUGCUGCGUUGAGUCCGUACCAAGACGACGACGACGACGGCGGCUACGAGGCGUAGCCACCAGCCACCUUGUACAGCAGUAGAAAAACGCACACAUUAUGGACAAAAUACAUAGCACUUGGCAGCCUUAGUGCGGCGGAA